GCCCUCCCCCCACCUACAUCUCCUCCCCUCCCCCCCCUCCCCUCUCUCGCAACAAUGUCUGUCGUUGGUAUUGAUUUCGGUGCCCAGAGCACCAAGGUCGGUGUUGCCCGUAACAAGGGUAUUGAUAUUAUCACCAACGAAGUUUCCAACAGAUCUACCCCUUCCCUGGUUGGUUUCAGCGCCAGAAGCAGACACAUCGGUGAGGCCGCGAAGACCCAAGAGACCUCCAACCUGAAGAACACGGUCGGCAACCUCAAGCGUUUGAUCGGCCGCUCUUUCAGCGACCCGGAUGUCCAGAUUGAGCAGGAGUACAGCACGGCUCAGAUCUGCGAUGUCAAUGGUCAGGCCGGUGUCGAGGUCAACUACCUCGGCAAGAAGGAGAAGUUCUCUGCGACUCAGUUGGUCGCCAUGUACCUGACCAAGAUCAGAGACAUCACCGCUAAGGAGCUGAAGCUCCCCGUCUCCGACGUGACCAUCAGCGUGCCCGCUUGGUUCACCGAUGUUCAGCGCCGCGCCAUGAUCGAUGCCGGUGAGAUUGCUGGCCUAAAGGUUCUCCGCCUGAUCAACGACACCACCGCCACUGCCCUCGGAUAUGGUAUCACCAAGCUGGAUCUGCCCGGCCCCGAGGAGAAGCCCCGCCGUGUCAUGUUCGUUGACAUCGGUUACAGCGACUACACCGCCUCCAUUGUUGAGUUCCGCAAGGGUGAGCUCAACGUUAAGGCCACUGCUUACGACCGUCACUUCGGUGGUCGUAACUUCGACAAGGCUCUCACCGAGCACUUCGCCGACGAGUUCAAGGAGAAGUUCAAGAUCGAUGUCCGCUCCAACCCCAAGGCCUGGUCCCGUACCUUGGCCGCUUCCGAGAAGAUGAAGAAGGUCCUGUCCGCCAACCCUGCUGCUCCCAUGAGCAUCGAGUCUCUGAUGGAGGACGUUGAUGUCCGCUCCAUCGUCAAGCGUGAGGAGCUGGAGGUCAUGGUCAAGCCCCUCCUUGAGCGUAUCACCGUUCCUCUUGAGCAGGCCCUCGCUGAGGCCAAGCUCAAGCCCGAGGACAUCGACUCCAUUGAGAUGGUUGGUGGCUGCACCCGUGUCCCCGCCGUCAAGGACGCCGUUGCCCAGUUCUUCGGCAAGAACCUCUCCUUCACUCUCAACCAGGAUGAGGCCAUUGCUCGUGGCUGCGCUUUCAGCUGUGCCAUCCUCUCUCCUGUCUUCCGUGUCCGUGACUUCUCUGUGCACGACAUUGUGAACUACCCCAUUGAGUUCACCUGGGAGCAGUCUGCCGACAUUCCCGAUGAGGACACCAGCUUGACUGUCUUCAACCGCGGCAAUGUCAUGCCCUCCACCAAGAUCCUUACCUUCUACCGCAAGCAGCCCUUCGACCUUGAGGCCCGCUACGCCAAGCCUGAGAUGCUCCCUGGCAAGGUCAACCCCUGGGUUGGCCGCUUCUCUGUCAAGGGUGUCAAGGCUGACGCCAACGACGACUUCAUGAUCUGCAAGCUUAAGGCCCGUCUUAACUUGCACGGUAUCCUCAAUGUCGAGUCUGGCUACUAUGUUGAGGACAUGGAAGUCGAGGAGCCCGUCCCUGAGGAGGGUGAGAACGGCGAGUCCAUGGACACUGAUGCCAAGGAUGGCGAGCAGCCCAAGAAGACCCGUAAGGUCAAGAAGCAGGUUCGCAAGGGCGAUCUGCCCAUCUCCUCCGGCACCACCGGCAUUGAUGAGUCGCUCAAGAACACUUGGACUGAGCGUGAGAAUGCCAUGUACAUGGAGGACAAGUUGAUCGCCGAGACCGACGAGAAGAAGAACGAGCUCGAGGCCAGCAUCUACGAGCUCCGCGACAAGAUCGACGGCAUCUACGCCGAGUUUGCCAGUGAGGAAGAGAAGGAGAAGCUGCGUGCCAAGCUCAUGGAGACCGAGGACUGGCUCUAUGAGGAAGGUGAGGACACCACCAAGUCCGUCUACGUGGCCAAGAUGGAUGAUAUCCGCUUCAUUGCUGGUCCUAUCAUCCAGCGCCACCGCGAGAAGGCCGAGGCCGAGCGCCAGGCUGUCCUGCAGGCGCAAGAGGAGGCUGCUGCCAAGAAGCGGGCUGAGGCCGAAGCUCAGCGCAAGGCUGAGGAGGAGGCCAAGAAGGCCGAGGAGAAGGCUGACGAUACGGAGAUGAAGGACGCCCCGGCUGAGGGCGAGGCCAAGGCCCAGGAGUAGAUGUCCUUCUAGGUGGGUGCGCCACUGCCCUAGAGAUGUGGCAGGUGCAGUGUGUUGGCAAUGUGGUCACGAAUCAAUACAAACAUCUUGAUCCCCCGUGUUAUCUUUUCAUAUUUUCUAUUCUUCUUAUUUUUUUGCGUGUCGCCGAGAAUCGGCAGGCUCUUGUGAUGUAAAAACGCCCUGGGUCCGAGCCACUUUUGUUUUCCCGAUGUCCUGACAUUGCUGUUCGGUGCGCUUUCGGCGGAGCUGUUGGUGGUGCACAGGGCAUGGAAAGCAGAAGGGGAUUAAAAGACAUAGAUAUGAUAUGGACCCUUGAUAGACGUUCUGAAGGAAACAAGUAUAUGACUGGUUAAUUACUAUUGGCA